GCUGGCGGGGCCGACACCCCGUGCGCUUGGGCUUGCGGAGCGGCCGCAGGCGUAGGACCUGGUGACGGGAGAGGUAUUAUCUGAAUCUUCGAUGUAUUAAGAGUUUUUAAAAACAUAAAUCUUCGGGGGCUGGAGAGAUGGCUUAGCGGUUAAGGCGCUUGCCUGCCAAGCCAAAGGACCCAGGUUCCAUUCUCCAGGACACACGUAAGCCAGAGUUUCUUACUGAGGUUUGUGGAAAGAGGUGCCUGCCUGGAGAAGACUGCGGUGUAAGACUUGAAGCCUGAGUGAUUGCCCAAGAAGGUGGGCAAUGGCUAUGGAGGUUCCGACAGUGACUGCUCCCCUCAACCCUUUAGUCCAGGUACCUCAAGAAGAUGAACAGACAGAGGACACCACUAUGAUCCUAGAGGAUGACUCCUGGGUGCAAGAAGCCGUGCUGCAGGAGGACGGCCCUGAAUCUGAGCCCUUUUCCCAGAGAGCUGGAAAGGGCAGGCCACAGGAGGAGGGCACAGCUGGGGGAGCAGAAGGUGCUCUUGGCCGCCUUCGGGAACUCUGCCGGCGCUGGCUGCGGCCAGAGGUGCACACUCAGGAACAGAUGCUAACAGUUCUGCCAAAGGAAAUUCAGGCCUGGCUGCAAGAGCAUCGGCCUGAAAGCAGUGAGGAGGCUGUGGCCCUGGUAGAAGACUUGACCCAGACCCUUCAAAACAGUGAUUUUGAGAUCCAGAGUGAAAAUGGGGAGAACUCAAAUCAAGAUAUAUUUGAAGACGUGGAAUCACAUGAGAUGUUCUUGAAAGUGCCUGGAGCAGAAGAAGGUCAACAGUCCGACAGGGAGAGUGACUUUGAGAGAGACCGUGGCUCAGGGAAACCUGGGGAGGGAAAUGCCCCAGGUGGGGACCACAGAGAGGUGUCAUCCCAGGGCCGAAAAGCUGGCCAGCUCAUAGGCCUUCAGGGCACCUACCUGGGCGAGAAGCCCUACGAGUGCCCCCAGUGUGGGAAAACUUUCAGCCGCAAGUCCCACCUGGUCACCCACGAGCGGACCCACACGGGAGAGAAGUACUACAAAUGUGACGAGUGUGGGAAGAGCUUCAGCGACGGCUCCAACUUCAGCCGGCACCAGACCACGCACACGGGCGAGAAGCCGUACAAGUGCCGGGACUGCGGGAAGAGCUUCAGCCGCAGCGCGAACCUCAUCACGCACCAGCGGAUCCACACGGGCGAGAAGCCCUUCCGCUGCGCCGAGUGCGGCAAGAGCUUCAGCCGCAGCCCCAACCUCAUCGCCCACCAGCGCACGCACACCGGGGAGAAGCCCUACUCCUGCCCCGAGUGCGGCAAGAGCUUCGGCAACCGCUCCAGCCUGAACACGCACCAGGGCAUCCACACCGGGGAGAAGCCCUACGAGUGCAAGGAGUGCGGAGAGAGCUUCAGCUACAACUCCAACCUGAUCAGGCACCAGAGGAUCCACACGGGCGAGAAGCCGUACAAGUGCACCGACUGCGGGCAGCGGUUUAGCCAGAGCUCGGCUCUCAUCACCCACCGGAGGACUCACACGGGGGAAAAGCCCUAUCAGUGCGGCGAGUGCGGCAAAAGCUUCAGCCGCAGCUCCAACCUGGCCACGCACCGGCGCACGCACCUGGCGGAGAAGCCGUACAAGUGCGGGGUGUGCGCGAAGAGCUUCAGCCAGAGCUCCAGCCUGAUCGCGCACCAGGGCAUGCACACGGGGGAGAAGCCCUACGAGUGCCUGCGGUGUGGCGAGAGCUUCAGCUGGAGCUCCAACCUCAUCAAGCACCAGCGGAUCCACACCGGGGAGAAGCCCUACAAAUGCGCCCAGUGCGCCAAGUGCUUCAGCCAGCGCUCCCAGCUGGUGGUGCACCAGCGGACCCACACGGGCGAGAAGCCCUACGAGUGCCUCAUGUGCGGCAAGAGCUUCAGCAGGGGCUCCAUCCUGGUCAUGCACCAGAGAGCCCACCUGGGAGACAAGCCCUACCGGUGCCCCGAGUGCGGGAAAGGCUUCAGCUGGAAUUCCGUUCUCAUCAUACACCAGCGAAUUCACACCGGCGAGAAACCCUACAAAUGCCCCGAGUGUGGCAAGGGCUUCAGCAACAGCUCCAACUUCAUCACACACCAGAGAACUCACACGAAAGAGAAACUCUCCUGAGGUGGGAGUCACGGGGCAGUGGGGGGACUGACUCUGGAGAGGGGAUUGCCACCCUGCCCCAGACAAUGAUGUCCCUUCCUUUAAAAGAGACGUUUUUCCUAAA